AUGACGGGCCGACUUCUAGUACUAGCCUUGCAGCCCCUUUUCUCCCGCCCUUCGACUCCCUUCACCCUCCUCUUCCCCCCCCCUCCCUCCCCCUCCCGCUCGCCCGUGCCCUCCCCUCCCGCCCCUUCCCCCCUCUCCGCCCUCCAGCCUGGCACUCUGGAGCCGAGUAGCCCCGUUCCCUUCCCCCCCCGCUCCCCCUUCCCGUCCCCCCCCCCUUCCUUCCCCCAGCCUGGCAGCUCUGGAUCUGGCAGCUUGAAGCAGAGCGGCCUCUCCCCCAUUUCCGCCGCAACCCUUCCACCCGCCUCUUCUUCCCCUCACCCACAUUUCAGCUUUCCCCCCCUUCCCCUCUCCCUGUUCCCAUCCCCCCCCCCUCCCCACUCUCCCCUCCCCCUCCACUCCCCCCUCCCCCCUCCCCCCCCCCUCCCCUCCUCCCUCCCCCCUCCUCUCCCCCUCCCACCUACCCCACCUUUUCCAGCCUGGCAGCUGUGGAGCCGAGCAUCCACGUGGGCGUUCAUGGGGGGGAAGGUUCAUCCCCCUCCCUCUCUUCCCUCUCCCCAUCUUCCCCCCCUUCCCCCUCUUCCUCAAUCUCUCCUCCCCAUUCCUCCCCAUUCCUCCCCUACCCCACUUCCUCCCCUCUCCCCCCUCCCCCACCCCCUCCCCCACCCCCUCGCCCGCCUCUUUCCAGUCUGGCAGCUGUGGAGCCGAGCAUCCACGUGGGCCUUCAUGGGGGGGAAGGUUCCUGGAAUCGGGGCAAGCGUGGGGGCCAAUGUGACGAUCCCAUGUGGCAGGGCGGUGCUUCUGGACGUGCCACGUGUCAGCCUGGGAUUGCUCGUCGUAAAGGGCUGGCUGAGAUUGCUGGACAACCCGUUUGUACCCUCUAUAAGCGUCCAAGCCCGGUUCAUUAUAGUGUACGGUCGCCUAUCUGUGGGCACAGAGAAGCACCACUUCAGCUCCCAAGCCACAUUCACGCUCGUCCCAAACCUCAGGUUUGGGAGGUCCGAGUUCUUGCUUCGGCAGCCAGCUCCGGCCGAUCCUGCCCACCCUCGCAGCCUCGGGCACAAGGCGUUCGUGGUGGUGGGCGGUCAGGUGGAUUUCCAUGGCAUGCCAGGUGGCGCAAGCACACUCGCAUGGGUCCGGCUGGCCCGACGGGCCAAUAAGGGCGCGCGGCAGAUCACUGUAGACGCUGACGUCAGCGCGUGGCCCCGAGGGGGCGUGAUUGCAGUGGCGAGCACGACGCCAGACCUGAAUAAUGCCGAAAAGGCAAUCAUUACCGGAGUGAGGAGAGUCGGCCCAUCCACCAGUGUAAUAUCUCUUUACCGCCAUCUGAAGCACUUGCACAGCUGGGAGAGGCAUACUGUGAGGGACGGGUUUGGAGUCGUCAGGCCCUUCUCUUACUUCUCAACAAUGCACUUCUCUUACUUCAUUCUGCCUCUCCCCGUCCCACUCACAGUGAGGAGGGUUGGCCCAUCCAGCAGCAUCAUCUCCCUCUACCGCCCUCUGAAGCACUCUCACGAUGGCGAGAGGAAUGCUGUGAGGGACGGGUUUGGUGGCACUGUGGAUAGACAGGGAGUACUCUCUUUGCUCAUGGUACUCCCUCCUCCUCUCGGCUUCACAUUCCCCCCUUUCUUCCCCCCUCUCAGGCGGCCACUUCAUGGUCUACAUGACUCGCACGCCCCAGACGAUUCAUGGCGUGCAGUUCAAGGGGCUGGGGAUGCAGGGCAGCUUGGGAAACGAUGCAUUGUGUCGACUCAAAAGGGGGCGCUGCUCACUGCUCUCUCACACUCUGCUUUUGAGUCGACUCAAAAGGGGGCGCUGCUCACUGCUCUCUCAUACUCUCAUCCCCUCGCCUAUCGAUGCAUUGUGGUGCAUGCUACCUCGCGCGUGACUAUUGCCGAUAAUGUGGCGUACGAGACAAGGGGGCAUUGCUUUGUGUUGGAGGAGGGCAGUGAGGCGAGGAACACGUUCAUCCGCAACCUGGGCAUGAGCACACGCGCUGUGAAUGGAUGGGAGGGAGAUGAGGGGGAACUGCUAGGGCGUGUUGGAGGAGGGAAGCGAGGCGAGGAACACUGCACGGAUGGGAGGGAGACGAGGGGGCACGGCUUUGUGUUGGAGGAAGGCAGCGGGGCGAGGAAGAACACGUUCAUCCGCAACCUGGGCAUGAGCACACGCGCUGUGCAUCAGCUUAUUCCACCCGCCUCUCUUGCUAAGUUGGACCGCCAGACGGACGACAAGCCGUCCACGUUUUGGCUAGCCACGCCCUUUAACAGCUUUGUCGGGAACGUGGCUGCUGGGUCGGAGGAUUCCGGAUCCUACUGGUUCGCCUCUGCCUCUUGUCUAGCCACGCCCUUCAUUAGCUUCGUGGGAAACGUGGCUGCUGGGUCGGAGGACUCGGGUGUGGUGCCCGUUGACAUGAGCGGAGUGUUUGACAUGUCUCACAGCACUCGUUCUGCCCUUUCAGCAGUUCUUGGGGACAUGACUGCUGGGUCGGUCGGAGGGCUCACUCUGGGCAACGUGCUUCCUCUGUGCCUCUUCCCUCCAUUCCUCCCCAUUCAUUCCCCUCCUGCGACGACACCCCACCCCACCCCUCCCACCUCCCACUUCUGGAUGGAGCUAAACAAGCACAUGAGGGGUCUGUCCAAGAAUCUGCCCUAUUGGAAAAAACUCUCCCCCAUGACGCUCGCCUUUGGGGUCUUCACAGCCAACGUGCUUCACUCCAACGCCCUCUUUGGCCUCCGCACCUACCCGCACGGCGCCCGGCCCAUGUUUCCUUCACGAGGGAAAGGAAGAGAGUCAAUACAAUCGACUCAAAAGUCAACCCACGUGCGCAUCUCUCACUCUCUCUCAUCAACAGCAACCCCAUUGGGUGCGCAUCUCUCACUCUCUCAUCUACAGCAACCCCAUCGGGUGAGUGAUGCUACCCAAAAUCUUUCUCUUGAGUGA